UGCGUGAGCAGCAGGAGGGUUGUGUUCACGUCAGGGAGGGCGAGAAUCCUGUCAACAAACUCACACAGAGUGUGAUUGAUUACGUUUAAUAAAUGGACAUCUCCUGACAGAGGCCUUUUUAGUUCAAGGAAAGCGACUCCUGAAACCUUCUGCCCAGAUCCUGAUCAAUGCUCAGUGGUGAAACCAUGACUACUGUCAACAUCACCAGAGAAAUUCUGCACAGGCAGAUCAAGGACUCAAAAGCGUCUGGCUUCCAAAGAUUCUAUCAUGUGACUGACCCCUUCAUCAAGAGACUUGGACUAGAGGCUGAGCUCCAGGGUCAUACAGGCUGUGUGAACUGUUUGGAGUGGAAUGAACGUGGAGAUCUACUGGCCUCGGGCUCCGAUGAUCAACAUGCCAUCAUUUGGGAUCCAUUCAAACACAAGAAGCUUACGACUAUGCACACCGGUCAUGCAGCAAAUAUCUUCUCUGUGAAGUUCCUCCCUCACUCUGGAGACAGGAUUUUGAUAACAGGUGCAGCUGACACAAAGGUCCAUGUACAUGACCUGACAGUGAAGGAAACCAUCCAUAUGUUUUCGGAUCAUACCAACAGAGUAAAACGCAUCGCCACAGCACCCAUGUGGCCCAACACCUUCUGGAGUGCUGCAGAGGAUGGCAUCAUCAGACAAUAUGACCUGCGGGAGAGCAGUAAACGCUCUGAGGUGCUGAUUGACCUGACAGAGUUUUGUGGUCAGCUGGUUGAGGCCAAGUGUUUGGCUGUCAACCCACGAGACAACAACUACCUGGCAGUGGGAGCCAAUGGUCCCUUUGUGCGCCUCUACGACAUCAGGAUGAUUCACAACUACAGGAAAUCUAUGAGUCAGAGCACAUCGGCAGCUGUGCACACAUUCUGUGAAAGACAGAAGCCCAUCCCAGACGGAGCAGGGCAGUAUUAUGUUGCAGGUCACCUACCAGUUAAACUCCCAGACUACAAUAACCGCCUACGGGUCCUGGUGGCCACCUAUGUCACCUUCAGUCCAGAUGGCACAGAGCUGCUUGUUAACAUGGGUGGGGAACAGGUGUACCUAUUUGACUUAACAUUUAAACAGAGGCCAUAUACAUUCUUGCUUCCAAAAAAGUUCCAGUCAUCAACAGGUGACACGCAGAAUGGAAAGACAACCAAUGGCGUCUCCAAUGGACUCCACUUGCCAACCAGCCAUAUUCAUUUUGCCGGAAGCAAGAUGCACUCAAGUUCUACUGAGCUUCCUCCCCACUUGGAGAAGAUAAAGCAACAAGCUAAUGAUGCAUUUGCACAGCAGCAGUGGACACGGGCCAUCCAGCUGUACAGUUUAGGCAUUGAGAAGGCCAACUGCAAUGCCAUGCUGUAUGGAAACCGGGCUGCAGCCUACAUGAAACGCAAGUGGGAUGGAGACCAUUACGAUGCUCUCAGGGAUUGUCUGAAGGCUCUAACUCUAAACCCCGGCCACCUGAAAGCUCAUUUCAGACUGGCACGGUGUCUGUUUGAGUUGAAGUACGUGACUGAGGCUCUGGAGUGUUUGGAUGACUUCAGAGGAAAGUUUCCAGAGCAGGCGCACAGCAGCGCCUGUGACGCCUUAGAUAAAGAUAUCAAAGCUGCUCUGUUCACCAAGACUGAAUCAGCUGAAGAUAAGAAGUCCAAUAGCUCCAUUCGAUUCCACUCGUUCAGUCGGAAAGAGUCGAUCCCUGAAGAUGAGUUGGUGCUGAGAGAGCGCAGCUUUGACUACAAGCACAGAUACUGUGGUCACUGCAACACCACCACUGAUAUCAAGGAGGCCAACUUCUUUGGAAGCAAAGGGCAGUACAUCGUGAGUGGCUCAGACGACGGCUCCUUCUUCAUCUGGGAAAAGGAGACCACUAAUCUGGUGAGGAUCCUGCAGGGGGAUGAGUCCAUAGUCAACUGCCUCCAGCCCCACCCCAGCUACUGCUUCCUGGCUACAAGUGGUAUCGACCCUGUUGUUCGAUUAUGGAACCCCAGACCAGUGACUGAGUGUGACAACGUACGGGUAGUGGACGACAUGGAGGGCGCUGCUCAGGCGAAUCAACGACGUAUGAACGCGGAUCCACUGGAGGUCAUGCUGCUCAACAUGGGCUAUCGCAUCACAGGCCUGCGUGGCGUUGGGCCAGAAGGCUCGGAUGACGAAGACAGCUCAGAGGGACAAGUUCAAUGUCGACCAAGUUAAGCAAACUGCCAUUCUGCAGAACAAGCGUAGAAAGCGAAGCGCUCUCCCAGCUCCAGUUUGAAUCUUUAUCCUGCCCCCACUCUAUGACAGAAACAUCGAUCGAAUGUCAUGUCACAUUUCUGAACUAUGCAUCGUCCUCCACUGUCCUGUAACAGGACCAGUGGAGACCACUUUGGGAAGAGGAAAUUCAUGGAGGGGUGGAGACGACACACACAUCUUGCACCUCUAAAGCACCAACAACACCUCAGCCUCUCCUCCCUUCUGUGGAGGUCAGGGCAGACAUUGAGGAGAGCACCUUCCACACCACUCCCAGUUUCUCUUGCAGAAGGAGUAGUUCAGUACUUAUCCCUGCUCAGGUUUAUGUUGGAGAGACACGCUGCAUGUAGAAGAAGAAGCCCGUGGUCAGGCGACCUAAUUUUCAGGUCAUUGUGGCCACACAGUCGCAGAAUCCUCCAUAGAGGUUCACAUCACAAACCAGAGGACAGUGCUUUGUUACAUCUCCUGUCUGCUCCUUGUGUUGGAGCUUAAAGUUGCAGUGCCCGCUCAUCUCAGAAAGGCUGCAGACCCAAGUCACUGAUUCUGAGUUGGACGUGAUCAUAUUUUCUGUUGCAGUUACAGAAUGAAUUAGAAUCUCAUGGCUGUGAACGUUGCCCCAAUAAAAAGUAUUUACAAGCUUUAUUUAAGUUUGUAACUAUCAGAUAAAUCUUCUGCCAAAGGUUGUCUAUUGUUUCAGCAGCCAAGGAUUAAUGUUUGUUUUCUCCAUUUCACUGAAGCAUCACUGUUUUACUGUACCCUUUUAGUUUUUACCACUAUAGAUUAUUGUCAGGAGGAAGACAAUAUAAACAGAAAACUGUUUGUAAAAGAAUCGGAUACAGUUUAUUUGUUUAAAAUGUCCCGUUGAUUGUUGAGUGAUUGUGUUAUCUGGCAUGAAAUGUCAGUGUGAAACUUGUGUUGGGUGUAUGUGGGACACAUGCUAAUUAUGUGGUACAGUAUACAGUAUAAAUUAGUGUGAUUCCUCUUUUCAGUGAUUUUUCUAAUUUGAUCUAAUGUUUCUGUAACUCUUGAUAUUUACUAAUGUCAGUAAAACACUAUAAAAUAUGAUUUUCUUGACAAAAUAGUAAAAGGCUCUGUUGCAGAAAUCAGUCCAUUGUCCACCAAGUGCCAAAACAUACACUUAUUAAACGUAAUUGGUUAAUAGAUAGUAUAUGGAACUAUCUCACUCGAAUAGGUGUAAUCGCUGACAAUUAAGUAUGAUAUUAAGUUCCUGUAAUACAGUCAGAAAUUGAUUGCUGUUCCUGUGAGGUUUUACUGCAGGACUGAGUUUUUGCUGGUAAAGGUGCAGGGGAAGCAGCAAGUAUGUUCUUCAGAUCCGUGCAGGGUGCUGCUGCUAAGAAUAACCUGUUUACCUAUGUUAAGGCUCACAUUAACAAAGGUGAGGGUUUGGGGGCUUGUUCCCUGAUCUAAUGACAACCAGAGUCGAGUAUUUUUGGAUCUGGCACGAUCCGAAAGGGUACGGCAUCACAAUGUAGUGAAGUAAAUGGUCCUAACCGUGUAGUAUGCCAGUUGUUAAAUCCUUACAAAGAGACGAAAGAGUGCAAAAUGUCAUAAAGGUAGAAUGCUCCUUCAGUCCCAGCACACACAACAUGCUGAUAGUUAACAUUCUUCUACCACUAAAUGCAGCCUUAGAGAAAGACAUGGGGAAAGUGCUGCAGUGGUCGUGUAUGUUACUCAUACUCCACCCCAAUGAGAAGUUGGGAAAAGGCCAAGACAAGAAGGUCAUCCUCAUAUGGAAAAUGCAGGGCCGAUUUUAAUAAUAAUUUUCUGCAUUCAGUGCUAAAAAGCCAAAUAGAGUGAGAUGAAUAUUAGAUGUUUUAAACCAACAAUGCUCUCUUUUCAACGCAAGCAAAAUUUUUACAUAUUUUUCAGACAGUGAUAGCAUAAUCAUUCUGAUUUAACGUUACUGUGUUUUAUUUUUUACCAACUUGACCAUGAAUUUUGAUGAUCACUGAUACGUCCUUAUGUUCAGAGAGGGUGUUGUCAUUCAUACAUACUGUAUACUGUAUAUACUGACAUGUGGCUCUCGCUCUAGUCCUCUGCUGCAGUCAACUGUUCAGUUCUGCUUCUCUGGGCAUUAAGAAAAACAACACAGCUUUUCCAUUUAUGGCUCAAAGAACAAACCAGCACAUCUUACUGACCUCAAAAGGGGGUUAAUGUUAACAAAUGGCUCAACAAUAAUAUGCACAACACUAAGUUUUCAUUUAACUCUGUUCAUGACAUUUGUUUUGUUUGUAUUCUGUUUUUCUUCCCAUGAUGACCUUUGUUGCAAACAAAGUAAACAAUGAAACACCGACAACA